AUGUUCGGGCUCACCCAGGACCAGGCGUAUGCUCUGCUGACGUCUGAGAAGACAGACGAACUCCUUGAAACCAUCAUCUCAGCGUACGAGCGGUGCAAGCGGGCACCACGACUUUGUGGUGUGAUAGAGGGCACGUCCAUGCGCGAUGGCACCAACACCUCUCCCCUCAACGGCCUCAUCGCCUCCGCCCUUGAAGCCCCUGCCCUGCUACUCUCCGAUGGCCGUGCUGCCUCACAAUUCCACCCCAAGCACACUGAGUCAGGUGGCGUGUUUGGUGACUGGAGUGGGACUCUUCCAUCGUGCCCUUUUUGUCCCAGUGCUUCACUCACUACCAUGCUUCCUUUGCGUCUCCCCAUGCCCCCCCAUGCCUCCCUUGCCCCCCUCCCCGCUGUGCAAUCACGCGGGGUGUUUGAGGACUGGGACUGGGAGAAUGAGGCGGCGGGGUGCAUACUGGACCAUGCGCGCAUCAUGAGGCAGUCGCAUGUCGACGUGGCGGGCGCGCUCAUCCCCUCACUUGAACACUUCCCAUAUCUCCCGUGCCCCCAUGCAGUCAGUGGUGUGUUUGUGGACUGCGACCCAGACAGCAGAGGCGUGUUUGAGGACUGGGACUGGGAGAAGGAGGCGGCGGGGUGCAUCCUGGACCAUGCGCGUAUCAUGAGGCAGUCGCGCGUCGACGUGGAGGACGUGGGGAGAGUGCUGAACGCGCAUGUGCUGUAUGGAAUUAUUUCCCCGCUCAUCCACCCCACCUUUUUCCGCCCCUGCCUGCCCCGCAUACACCUCUCCCGUUUCCCGCAGGUGGAGGACGUGGCACGGGUGUUGAACGCGCAUGUGCUGUACGGCGACGUGCCCCACAGCAACAACAUGACCACCGAGGUCACGCGCACGCUCGUGGCCACGCUCCAUCUCGCAGACCUGCUCUCCUACAUCCCGCCCUCUGACGACCCGGGCAAAGGAGUCCUCGUCGUGGCUCAUGCCAGCCGCCCAGAUAUUCUGCUGGGGAUGAUCGACCUGCAUGAGACGCAUCUCAGCACCCAGUGUGUGUGCGUGUGUUCAGCAGGGCAGGCAGGGCCUGUGCAGGUGCACAGGCAGCACUGCAG